GAGUCUUUAGUUGACAUAACCUAGUACCUGUGCUUACCCAACCUACUGCUCUGUAGACAGUUUUCUCAUUGCCUCAGUUAAGGAUUUCCACUCCAGAAUCUGCAGCUAAAUGAGAUCAUGAUUUUGGAAGGAGCUGGCAGAAUGAGUAUCAAUUCCGGCAGCAAUCUACUCCACCAGCAGCCUUCCUGGACAGACGGAUAUUCCACAUGCAAUGUAUCCAGCAGCUUCUAUGGAACCCAGUGGCAUGAAAUACACCCUCAAUACUGGACUAAGUUUCAAGUCUGGGAGUGGCUGCAGCAUCUUCUUGAUACCAACCAACUGGAUGCCAACUGCAUACCUUUCCAGGAGUUUGACAUCAACGGGGAACAUCUGUGUAGUAUGAGCCUGCAGGAAUUCACUCAGGCAGCUGGGACAGCAGGGCAACUGCUUUACAGCAACCUUCAGCACCUAAAAUGGAAUGGUCAAUGCGGGAGUGACAUGUACCAAUCUCAUAAUGUCAUUGUGAAGACAGAACAAACAGAUCCAUCAUUAAUGGUGUCCUGGAAAGAAGAGAAUUAUCUAUAUGACAGUGGCUAUGGUAGCACAGUAGAGUUAUUGGACAGUAAAACAUUCUGUCGUGCUCAGAUUUCCAUGAUGACACCUAGUCACCAAUCUUCUGACUCUUCAGAUGCAAAAAAAUCGCAAGAUCAUACCCCAAAGUCCCACACCAAGAAGCACAACCCUCGAGGAACUCAUCUUUGGGAAUUUAUUCGAGAUAUUCUUCUCAAUCCUGAGAAAAACCCAGGAUUAAUCAAGUGGGAAGACCGGUCAGAAGGUGUCUUCAGAUUUUUAAAAUCUGAAGCUGUGGCUCAGCUCUGGGGAAAGAAGAAAAACAACAGCAGCAUGACUUACGAGAAACUCAGCCGGGCUAUGAGAUACUAUUACAAAAGAGAAAUCCUGGAGCGUGUGGAUGGUCGGAGAUUAGUAUAUAAAUUUGGAAAGAAUGCCCGUGGUUGGAGAGAAAAUGAGAAUUAAAUAUAUCAAGAAAUAACAUUUAAAACACAUGGAUGUAAAUAUUCAAAGACUAUUUUCUUAUAUUUAUGUACCAAACUGGGGUGAAAAAACAAUUCUACUUCUGUUGGGAAGAACGAACAUUAUCAUCACUGGUGUUAAAAUUAUUUUAUUUGAAGUAUGUCCUGUAUGGGGAAAAAAUGUACACAGUUUUCUGUGAUGUAAGUUAACCUUAUAGAAUUAUGAUUAUUUUUCCCUUUUUGUGAAGUUUUCCUCUUUUUAUUUUUUUUUAAAUCAUACAGGCAUAAUGUGAUUUAUGAGUCAUUAAAAGAAAGGGAAGGAGCUAAAUACUAGGGCAUUUAGGGAGUUAGAUAAUCCACUUUGGAAGGCAACUACAAGUGGAGGAAACAGUAAAGCAUCUCUGAGCCAAGUAGCCUUCUUCCACAGGCAGCUGGUUUAUAGCUUUCAUUGGCCAAUACCACUUGUUCCUUCCUUUCUCUGAUUUCUGAGUGUUUUAAUGCUUUGCUGGCUUUCAGCUGCUUGUUGAAUUAGACAGUGGGUUCCUCUUCAGUUGGUCUAUCACAGCCACAGAGAGCAGUGGCUCUGCAAAGUGGCUACCAGCAUUUUUUUUGAGAACCCAUACUACCUCCAGCACUGUGAUCUUCUUUUCAAAGCAGAAGUUUAGGACCAGACCUUACCUGCUAUGGAGUAUCCUAAUCUCCACAGAGCAUCCAGCUCAUCCCAGGAAAAGGGCUAUUUGUUUUUAACUGAUAUCUUUGAGGUGAACUGUAGGAAGAGGGUCAGUCUUGGGGACCAAAAGAUAUUGAAGGAAGAUGAUUGUUUUCUGAUUGUGCAAACUUACCAAAAGGCACUGGUUUCCUGGUAGGAAUGUUGAUAGUCCUCUCAUGCUCUUGCACUCCUAAUUAAAGCAUUCAAACCCGUGCCAUACAGAACCAUGAGGGGGUGGGCAAGCAGAACAUAUGUGAAUCCCAUGGCAUGAGGAAGUGGUCUCUGCAGUUUCUUCAAAUUGUAUGGUCCUCCUGGCAGGUCAAGUCUCACUUGGACAGAUACUUUCAAAAAACCUUUGAGAAAUGCAAAAUACCCUGUGUGUGUAAAAUACUAGUUUUCCCUUUGCUUUUCUCAAGUCUAACUCUGUAUUGUAGUUGUAUUUGUCAAUUGUGUUUGGAAUUCUCAGUUGGAGAAAAACCCAUCAACAUAAAGACACUGAGAUUUUGGGGACAUUCAGAUCUGGGUCAGUACUCUGGGCUCAUCUCUAGCAGUGCUGUGCAGAGAUUGUAUGUUCAUUGGCAGGUUUUUCUUUCUCUCUCCACAAAUACUUCCUGCUGACACCAACCACAUGCAGGACAUGGGGAAAUAAAAUCUAGAGGAGGCAGCGCUUCACCAGGUCACUGAGUACAUUAGAUGUGGGAGUUGAAGAACAGGAUUUUCUUGGUGAUGUUAACAGAGGUGAAACCAGGAUCAAUACAAACUCACUUUUUCAGGGAUGGGGACUUUGGAAAACAAUAACAAGGACUGAGAAGUCCAAGAUAAAAAAAGGAAGAAAAAAAAAUUAGGAUUAAGAAUAUUAAAUCCAUCCAAUAUUCAUUUUCUCAGGAGUCCCCUGGGUUUGAAUCUAUAUUAGCUUGAAAUUCAGCAAGGUACAGCUGGAGGUUGCAGGAUAUUCCAUUUUUUGUUUGUAUUGAAAGGAAAUAGAGAUGAAACCAAGAGACAACAGAAGUAUCAAUAUAAAGGGUAUAAAAUGUGCUUAGCAACAAUUUGUGGGCAAACAUGAGAGCCUAACUUGUUAUCUACACAUGUAGGGCAUGUUAAACAGUAACACCACCUCCUACACUGUGUAUGCCAGAGCCGUCACCAUCAAUUACCCAUACAUGACAAUUUUUACUUUUCAUAACCUGGGUGGAGAGAGGUUCAUCUUAUUUACAAAUCAAAUAAUAAGCCUGUGUACUUCAAAGCAUUUUUUUCUUUGAGUCUCUUUUUUCUUUUUGACUGACUGUGCUAGUCUUGCUUGCUUUCACGCAACUCAAUUAAUUUCCUUUUUUAGUUUAAUUUGCUACAUUCCACUUCCUUUACCAUAAUUUUGUAGUUCAUAUAACAAGAAUCAGGCCACCAGAUGAGGAGGGAACUUUCACUUUGCUCCUAAGACCAUUUCUUCCCUCCCACCUGAUGACUAUUUGUAGCCUUUUGCUCCAUGCUCUUCACACCACCUCCCAAUCCACACCUUGGGUGAAAAUCUGAAAUCAGUGGUAUCAUCCCAGAUCUGCAGUAUAGUUGUACCUUAUCUCAGUUAACAUAUAUACUACAGCAAGUGAUUAUAAUACCUUCACAAACCUGCUUUUUACCUUAUCUCUCAUGAAAUUUCUUGGGAGAUAAAAUGAGCCAGUGACACAUGAGGGUCACCAUUUUGUUGCUGAGCUGCAGCUAAAGGUUUUGAAAGAUAAGGCUUUAUUUAGAAGCAUACUGUACAAAUCUAGAGAGUGAUUUAUGCUGGGGUGCAGUAUAAAUGAGUCUUCCACUGUCCCAUCUUUCAGCACGUGGAAAUCGUGCAAGUUUCUCUUUCCACUCCACAGAACUUUUCAGACUAGGUACUUGUCAUUCAGCAUUACAACAGCACAAAGUUGGAAUAGAAGACAGCCGACAUUUACUCUGUUUUACAAAUAUAUUAGCCUUUGCCUAAGACAAACACAAAGGACUGUUUAAAAUUACAGUUCUUGCCAAGGACAGAUGCAACCAACCAAAGGGAGUCUUUUUACCAGACCUAAGCAAACGGAGAAAAUGAAGAGAUGAACUUUAAUGUAAAUUGCUAUUUAAACAAAAAGCAUUUCUGAUUGCUCUUAUAUUUUAUAUUUCAGAGGCUGAGCAAUCAUAUUUUCAGAUGUCUCCUUUAAGUUAGCUGCUGCUGAACUGGUAGCACCAUGUGUAUAGAUUUUUAUUGUACCAUAAUUUUUCAUAUGUAUAAAGUUCUAGAUAGGAAAAUAUAUUGUAUUUAUAGAGUUACAUGCAAAUCACAAUGUCAAAGGUGUUGGCAUGAGCAUUUUCAAUAUUUUCUGCACAAAAUUUGAGCAGCUUUCACUAAAAACAUCCCGAUAGACUGUAUGUAGGUUGUUGAACUACAUAGACAUUAAAAAGUUUAGUUACAUUUUCGUCUUUCUUUCUGCAGCACAUUGCAUAAUUCCUGCUUGCUUCUCAAAGCAUCAUCUUCAAUGUCUACGUGUGGAAACAAAUCCAAGUUAGAUAUUUGACUAUUGCCAUUGUAAAUCUGAGCUUGGAGACUAUAUAUUCACAAAAUGGUUCUAAAGACUGUUUCUAUUUUUGUGGAUAUUAUAUAAAUUCAAAUAAAACACUCAUGAAAGAAA